AUGAUUAAGGAUUUGAUAAUUAUAUCGGCUGCGUUACUUUGCGCGACCACGGCGAUGCCUUUUGGCCAUGGACUGGAUGAUACCCAAACGGCAAAAUUUUUAAAAGAAUUUGAAGAAAGCAAGCAGUAUCGUUUGCCUCGUAGCACAGCACCGCGAGUGUAUAUGAUGGAGUUUGAUCCCGAUUUCGCGGGUGAAAAGUUUACUUUUAAAGGAAAUAGUUCGAUUAUUUUCCAAGUGCUUCAAGCAACGGCUUCUGUGACUCUGCAUAGAUCUAACAAGAUCACAAUAGACAAAGAUUUUACAAAGCUGAUUAACGAAAAAGGAAUUUCUCAAAAGCCGCUAAAGCAAGAAUGGACUGGGCUAAAUGAAUUUUAUGAAAUAAAGUUUAAAAAUAAAUUAAAACCCGGUUAUUAUACUUUGAAAUUAAAGUGGACGGGCGAUGAUGCCGGUAAUGACUGGUUUUCUCCCCAAUCUGGAUUUUUCCGGGCCGAAAAUGAAUUAGACAAUGGCCAAUCGCAAUAUUUCGUAACGACUCAAUUCCAGCCGAUAGGCGCUCGUGAUGCAUUUCCAUGUUGGGAUGAGCCCGGCUUCAAAGCCGAAUUCGAAAUAUCAAUAAGGCAUUACAAAAAUUAUACAGCGCUCUCAAAUAUGCCAGUUCGUAACCACCAGCCGUUGCCAGACGGUAAAAUCAUAACUCACUUCGAAAGAUCUGUCAAAAUGUCCUCCUAUCUUCUUUGUAUGGCAGUCGUUAAUUACGGAUCCGUCAAAAAUGACAAAGGAAAUAUCUCUUUCUAUGGAUUAGAAGCUAACCUAGAUUCAUUGAAGAUCCCACUAGAAGUCAGCGAAAAAACUAUUGAAAUAAUGGGAGCUUACACUCAAAUACCAUAUGCACUACCGAAAUUAGAUCAACUAACUGUUCCAAUACUUGAGGCAACUGGGAUGGAAAACUGGGGUCUUAUUACUUAUAGUACAUCUGCUGUAACGUUUCAAAAUACAACUUUGAUUCCUAAUGACGAGGACUACCGAAAUAUGGUGAUGUUAGUUGCACAUGAAGUGGCUCACCAAUGGUUCGGCAAUCUUGUCAGUCCUGUUUGGUGGAAUGAUCUUUGGUUAAACGAAGCAUUCGCAACAUACUUUCAACAUAAAGUGAUCGAUCAGAUGCAACCAGAAAAACAUGAAAUGGAUUUCUUAGCAGUAACUUUUAUAAACGAUGCUUUUGAUACUGAAUCAUCUGAAAUAGCCAAACCCAUUAAAUGGAUGCCUCGGGACAAAAUAGCUCUUGAUGAUAUAUUUAGUGCUGUUACGUACCAUAAGGGCGCUGCGUUUGUAUAUAUGCUAGAACAUGUUCUUACGGAAGAAGUCUUUCAAAAAGGAAUUCAAAAAUAUUUUAAAGAACAUAAAUUUGGCGCUGUAGUUAGUGAUGAUCUUGUGGAAGCUCUUCAAGAAGUCUACGAUGAAAAAAAUGGAGACAAACCGUUAGACAUAAAAGAAUUUGUGGAUCUUUGGAUUGAGCAAACAGGAACUCCCGUUUUAACUGUAGCAAGAAACUAUGAAACGGGUGAAGUAAGCGUAACGCAAAAAAAUUCUGGGGAGGUAAAUCCUGACAACAAGUGGAAAAUUCCGAUAAACUAUGCUACUAAAUCUAAUCCGGAUUUCUCGUCUACGACUCCCACUAUUUGGAUGAAUGAGAAUCAGGAAACAAUAACGUUGCCCAGCAUUAAUAAAGACGAUUGGAUUAUUCUGAACGUCCAACAGAGAGGACUUUAUCAAGUCGAUUAUGACAACGAAAAUUGGUACCGAUUAGCAAAAUGUCUAAUUUUGAAUCAUGAACGAUUUCAUCCCAUAAAUCGUGCCCAACUUAUAACAGAUUCUUGGAGGCAGUUAAAAACAGAUCCAUCAAAUCUUGAUGCGUUAUUCAACAUCACAGCUUAUUUAUAUCAAGAAAAGAAUGAGUUACCAUGGAUAUCUGCAGCUAAUGUCAUAACUGAAUUAGCUGAAAUAUUUCGCAAUACAGAUGCAGAAGAUGUAUUCGAAACAUACAUUCUUUUUCUGACGGAAGUAAUAAUGGUACAGCCAAAUACCAAUUACCUUUUGAGGAACAAUUUAGUUCCAUUAAUCUGCAAAUUUGGGCAUUUUGGCUGCAAAUCAGCUGCCCGCGAGUUUCUUGAUGCAUUUUUAGAAAAUCCUUCUAAGAACUUAUUUCCCUCUUCUGAUUUCGAAUGGAUCGCAUGUUACGGCCUCCGAAAUGAAACUGUUCAAGAAAUGAUCAUGUCAAUCCCAGAAUUAAAGGGCCAAUUCAUCAAAUGCAUUCAUGAUACUGAAAAACGCGAUAAAUAUAUGAACGAAAUGAUUGAUCCCAAUUCCGAUACGAGUAUAGAUGAUGUUAUUCAAGUUAUCCAAGGAUUUACCGACGGUGGACGUAAAGAUGUUCAUUAUAUUUUGCAAUACUUUUGCGAUCAUUUUCAAGCCAUCGUAAAAUUCUUUGAAAAUGAUGAUGAUGCAAAUCUUCAGGCUACUAUUACCCGAAUUAUUUCAUCCAUCAAAACUCAAGACCAGCUCGAUAAAAUUAAGGCUUUCGCAGUAGUACAUAAGGAUAAGUUAAAUACAAUUAUUUCUGAUCCCGCGGUAUCAAUUGACAGUCUGUUGGAAGAAGCUAAGCUUGCUGUAGAAAAAGCGGGAAAAUUUGGCGAUGAACUUCGAAAGCGUGUUAAUCGAAAUCUUGCUAGAAAUACCUGGAUUGGAAUGUCGGAACAAAAUGAGUGUACAUGAGCCCGAUUAAAAGUGAGGACAAUGUAAGUCCGUUCAUUGUUUCUUGUAUGCUCAAAUACUCAUUCUUUGGGUAAUAUGAAGAAAUAAUACAACUGUGUUCAGAUUUCCAUAAAUUAUUAGUAUAUACUAUUU